AUGUCACCAUCUCCGUUGGAGGACACCAAGUUGACUAAUGAUGUGAAGUUCGAUCGCGUAAACUGCCUUGUAUGGACACUGCAUGUAUCAGCUAGAAGCUUCUCUGCUGCAGUGAAGGAUCUUGCGUUGGACGGAACACGGCCUGCUCUGGCCAUGGCGUGGAUUGGCAUCGAUGUGCACGCGUGGCACAAACACAUAGCAUAUCAGGUUGCCGUUUAUGCACUGCUGAUGGCAGUAACAGAGGUGGAGCUCUUUCUCUCUCACAAUCGCACCAACAAUCCUUCCCCGGUUCUCAACAUUCUAUCUCCGAAGGCAAACUUCUUAGAGGAUCUCAUAGAAAAUCAGCUAAGCAUGAAGAACCCAAAGCUAGUGGAAUGGUUCAAGACGGUGGAGCUUCCACGAAUAUCUGGUUCGUUCAUGAAAUUGUUCAAGAAAUGGACUAUGGCGUACGCAGGGAGUGGUGUUGCAGGGACAGUCAUGGCCAUGACAUGCUGUGCAGGUAUACGAAAGCUAGGACCAGAGAAACUUUCGUGUUGUUCAUUCUCAGAUUCAAUCGCGGAGGCCUUGUUUGAUCUCAUGGAUGCAACAAACAGUUUAGUAACUCUUGAUAAGCUGCAUUCUCUAGCAGCUGAGGCCGGGUUCGAGGAGGAUUUUCUGUCCUAUUUCGGAAGUAGGAUUCUUCCUCACAAAAAUGUUGAAGAUGUUGAGUUUUGGAUCUGUCUGGUUCAUAGAAAACUCUGUGCAGCAUUCCGUAGGGAAAGUGUCGCUAGCAACACGCGCAUUCUUACCAAUGAGGUUGGAGAAAACAGUUUGGCCACUCUCGCGUUGUUUGCUUAUCUUGGAAGAGAAACGAGGCUGUUUUUAUCUAGGCAUGGCAUUCGGGUUCUUGACAAGCAAACAAGAGACUUUGUCAGCUACUUGGAGUGCGGUGUCCUGUUCAUAUAUCCGGAAUUCUCAACACUAUCCGAAUAUCAACUCCUGAUGGAGGUGAUACUCGAUGAGAUUGGAUGGCUGAACUUUUACGCGGCAUAUAAGAAUCAGCUGCAUCAAGAGAGAAGGAGGUCAAAGCACCCUCCAACUCAAGCAGAGAAGGAGAUCAUAUUACACGCUGUUUUCACUGUGUGCUACGACGUGAUUUUAGGCUAUGCUCAUUGCAGCAAUUCUAAGCAUCAAGCAUUAGGUGCUGAUCUGCUAGACUUCUUGCUUAGAAGUCAAGCGUUACUGUCUACGUGUUUGGAGGAUUACUGGGUGGCUUAUGAUGGAACAAUUGAAAUGCUAAGGAUUGUGGAGAAGAACGAUCCUGGCAUGAUACCAUCUUUGUGGAUGAAUGGCACGAAGAGCUCUUCUGCAGUGGAUACACGUUAUAGACCGGCUGAAAUCAACAAAAUUGAAAGGCAUAGUCAAAAUCAGGCUAUUAGUUCAUCAUCUUCAUUUCAAGGUGAAAAUGAAGCCUUCCUAACUUCAUGGCAAUCAAAACAAAAGACUUUCCAGCGCAAUUUUCUCAAAAAGUACACGCGUGAUGUUGUAGCUGCAAGCAUCGAUGUCUGGAUGGGCACACAGCUGCUAUUCGUGGAUAUCUCGUACACCAUGAGGCUCGUGCAGAAGAGACUGCACGGCCAUGGAGUGACGCAGAGGGAGAGGAACAAGAUUUAUAGAACAACAUCAGACAUGUUCACACUCAUUCCAGUAGCAAUACUAAUGCUACUUCCAGUUUCUGCUGUAGGCCAUGCAGCUAUGUUUGCUGCAAUCAAGAAAUACAUGCCUAAUCUGAUCCCAUCGCCCUACUUGGAUGAGCGGCUCGACUUGGUGAAGCAGCUGAAGAGAAUAAAGAAGAUGAGAGUUAGGCUGAUUGGCAUUGAAGAUGUUAAACAUUAGCCCAAUGUUGAUUGAAAAAAUUGAUGUGAUCAUAUUCCUAAUGGGAGAUUUACAUUUGAUCUAUGUAUGUACAGUGAAGAGUAUGUAAUAUAGUACUCCUACAUGACCUGUAUAUAUUGAUAUGAGAAUAAUAUUUAGUACUCCUAGGUCCUGUAUAUAUUGAUAUGAGAAUAAUAUUUAUAGUA